AUGUCAGUAGCAAUACUAAUCUUAUUGAGCUGGGUUAGUGGUUUAUACCUAUACGCACUCGAUCAUGCUGAUCCAGUCACAUCAAUGCCAGUUUUCUGUAAAAUGCGUAUUUAUGUACUUCAAGCAUCUGCUCUAACCUAUCGUUGGUGUUUGACUGUCGCCUGUUUUGAUCGAUUUGCACUUACAGCUGUCAAUGUAAAUCUGCGAAAUCUGGCACAAGUAUCCAUAGCACGUCGUGCAGUUAUUGUGAUCGUUGCUGUUUGGACCGUAUUGCCCAUGCAUUCUCUAAUACUCUAUAAUCUACGAGGAAAUACUUGUGGCAUUAUCUACAGUAGUACUGGAGCACUCUAUCAUAGCAUCUUCACAACUGUCGCUGCUGCCAUUCUUCCAGCUGCGAUUAUGGCUACAUGUGCCUUGCUAAUUUAUCGUAAUCUCCUUCGUAAACAAAAACAACGUCAACUAAUGAAUGGUUCGCAAGAAAGAUCAGGACCAAAUGAAAAACAAAGAUUGCAAAGUAGACGUGAUCAACAAGUUCUACUAAUGUUGCUCAUUCAAGCAAUAUGCUAUGUUGGAACUACAACACCUCUAAUGGGCAUGUAUUUUUACAAUGCCUUGACAAUCUAUGUAUCAAAUAAAUCAGCUGAUCGUAUAGCAAUCGAACGAUUUUCUUUCUAUUUGGCCGAAUUGAUCAAUUUUCUUUUUCCUGCUUCUUCAUUUUAUUUGUAUACUAUAUCCUCGAACAUAUUUCGUCGUGAACUAGCCAAUAUGCUAUGCUCUGCUUUUCAUCAUCCAAUUGUAAGCAAUACUACACGAGUCUUACCCAUGACCAACGAUGUUUCACUUCGAACUGUGACUGAACAUGGACGUAAAGUCAAGUCAAGAGUGACAUUUUCUACUGCAUAUCAAGAGCCAAGGAAAAGUGCCGUGACGAAUGUUCAACAGUAG